AUGGUUAAGGAGAAGAAAGCGGGGGUAUCGAAAGAUACCUCUGCCAACACGUCAGGCGAUGUUACGGUGGUGCCAGUAACAGUACCACAAACAACAGCAACAACAUCUGGUCAAACAUCAGACCACUGGAUAGAAGCAGCAGCAACUAUCAAAAAAAGAAAAAUGAAGAAGCAUAGCCCAAACAAAGUGGAGAGGGCCAACUCUGCUAAGCGGCGGGACAUGCGGAAACAAAUGGAGGGUGGUAAAGGAGGAGUUACCACCGAGAGCGAGUUUUCAGACUACGCAGAGUCUGAAAAAACUGAAUACGUGUCCGAAGGUGGAGAGGGUUGGGAAGAGAAGCAAAUGGUUAAGGAGAAGAAAGCGGGGGUAUCGAAAGAUACCUCUGCCAACACAUCGUUCGAUGUUGCGGUGGUGCCAGCAGCGGUACCGCAAGCAACUGCAACAACAUCAGGUCAGGCAUCUGACCAAUGGAUGGAAACAACAACCAACAAAAAAAGAAAAAUCAAAAAACAUAGCCCAAAUAAAGUGGAGAGGGCCAACUCUGCUAAGCGGCGGGACAUGCGGAAGGAAAUGAAGAGUGGUAAAGGAGGAAUUACCACCGAGAGUGAGUUUUCCGACUACGCCGAUUGGGAAGAGAAGCAAAUGGUUAAGGAGAAGAAAGCGGGGGUAUCGAAAGAUACCUCUGCCAACACAUCGUUCGAUGUUGCGGUGGUGCCAGCAGCGGUACCGCAAGCAACUGCAACAACAUCAGGUCAGGCAACUGACCAAUGGAUGAAAAUAACAACCAACAAAAAAAGAAAAAUCAAAAAACAUAGCCCAAAUAAAGUGGAGAGGGCCAACUCUGCUAAGCGGCGGGAUAUGAGGAGAGAAAUGGAAGGUGGUAAGGGAGGAAUUACCACCGAGAGUGAGUUCUCAGACUACGCCGAGUCUGAGAAAACAGAGUAUGUUUCCGAAGGUGGAGAGGGGCUCUUCAGGUCUCCGAAUAUGCAUUUAAUCAUAUCGGAGCCAGAGCCAGUCCCGCCGACAACGAAGGCUUUGGAGGUAGAGGCGGACCUCCAAGAGGAGACAACGCUUGUAAAGGCCCUGCAAGCCAAACAAGCACAAAUAAGCCAAUUCGAGGAAAACCUCAGAAAGCUCAAGGAGGAAAUGGAGCCCCUCCUCAGCCAGUUAAAAUUAAAACAAGAGGCGCGCCGACAACAAGAGGCAGCUCAACGCCGAGUUGAGGUGGCGUCCGAAGACGGAUCCAGAGGUCGUGGGUUCGAAUCCCGUGCGGAGUGCACGAAAAACAUUCUUGCUUUUUUCCACAAUCGAGAAAUUGUGGACUUCAUUGAUUGGGAAGAAAAGCUGAUGGAGAAGGAGAGGAAAGCAGGGGUAUCGAAAGAUACCUCUGCCAACACAUCGGGCGAUGUUGCAGUGGUGCCAGCAGCGGUACCGCAAGCAACCGCAAUAACAUCAGGUCAGGCAUCUGACCAAUGGAUAAAGGCAACAACCAACAAAAAAAGAAAAAUCAAGAAGCAUAGCCCAAAUAAAGUGGAGAGGGCCAACUCCGCUAAACGGCGGGAUAUGAGGAAAGAGAUGGAGGGUGGUAAAGGAGGAAUUACCACCGAAAGUGAGUUCUCAGACUACGCCGAGUCUGAGAAAACAGAGUAUGUUUCCGAAGGUGGAGAGGGGCUCUUCAGGUCUCCGAAUAUGCAUUUAAUCAUAUCGGAGCCAGAGCCAGUCCCGCCGACAACGAAGGCUUUGGAGGUAGAGGCGGACCUCCAAGAGGAGACAACGCUUGUAAAGGCCCUGCAAGCCAAACAAGCACAAAUAAGCCAAUUCGAGGAAAACCUCAGAAAGCUCAAGGAGGAAAUGGAGCCCCUCCUCAGCCAGUUAAAAUUAAAACAAGAGGCGCGCCGACAACAAGAGGCAGCUCAACGAGAAAUUGUCGAUUUUAUCUGUUGGGAAGAAAAGGAGAUGGAGAAGGAGAAAAGGGCAGGGGUAUCGAAAGAUACCUCUGCAAACAUAUCAGGCGAUGUUGCGGUGGUGCCAGCAGCGGUACCAAAAACAACCGCAACAACAUCAGGUCAGGCAUCUGACCAGUGGAUGAAGGCCACAAACAACAAAAAAAGAAAGAUAAAGAAGCAUAGCCCAAACAAAGUGGAGAGGGCCAACUCUGCUAAGCGGCGGGACAUGCGGAAGGAAAUGGAGAGUGGUAAAGGAGGAAUUACCACCGAGAGUGAGUUUUCCGACUACGCCGAGUCGGAUAAAAUUGAAUACGUAUCCGAAGGUGAAGCCAAUGUGGUGCCAUCAGCGGUACACAAAUUCACCGCAACAUCAUCAGGCCACCAGUCUGAUAGUCCAUUGACAACAACAAACGUAAAGAGGAAACUUAAGCCUAACCUGGUGGAAAGGAACAAUGCUGCUAAGCGCGGAGCGAUGCGCCAGGGCGUGCAGCAAAAAAAACAAAAAGAGAUGACGUCACAAAGCGAGUCGUCAGACGGUGACAUCGACUACGUCUCCGAAGGUGGAGAGGGGCACUAUAGGUCGCCUAAAAAUAAAAAUAGGUUCGCAAGCCUAGCGCCGCCAGAGCAGCCUAAAGAAAUGGAGAUGGAGGUGCCUGAAGCCCCCAACGACAACGAAGCCGAUGAAGCGGAGCUGGCACAAGUGCUGCAGGCAAAAAAGCAGCAAAUAGAUGCCUACGAGGACCAGCUAAAAAAGCUGAAGGAGGAGAUGGAGCCCCUUCUCAGUGCACUAAGAAACAAAAUUGAAGCGCGCCGACAAAAAGAGGCAGCUGAGAAGGAGGACAAACAAGCACAACGGCUCCUACAACAACAACAGCAGCAACAGGCAAAGCAAAAAAAGCCUGAUACAAGGCAACAAAAACAACAACCACAGCAGCAACAACCAAAGCCCGCUACCAAAAUCACUGGAGCGGAGCAAAAAAUUAAGGCUUUACCAGCAGUGACAGGCUCAAUGAAGGAGGGCCCAUCUACCUCGAGUAAGGCCAAGCAGCAGCAACAACAAGAGCUACAAGCAAGGCAGCAGCAGCAGCAGAAACAAGAAAUUGUCGAUUUUAUCUGUUGGGAAGAAAAGGAGAUGGAGAAGGAGAAAAGGGCAGGGGUAUCGAAAGAUACCUCUGCAAACAUAUCAGGCGAUGUUGCGGUGGUGCCAGCAGCGGUACCAAAAACAACCGCAACAACAUCAGGUCAGGCAUCUGACCAGUGGAUGAAGGCCACAAACAACAAAAAAAGAAAGAUAAAGAAGCAUAGCCCAAACAAAGUGGAGAGGGCCAACUCUGCUAAGCGGCGGGACAUGCGGAAGGAAAUGGAGAGUGGUAAAGGAGGAAUUACCACCGAGAGUGAGUUUUCCGACUACGCCGAGUCGGAUAAAAUUGAAUACGUAUCCGAAGGUGAAGCCAAUGUGGUGCCAUCAGCGGUACACAAAUUCACCGCAACAUCAUCAGGCCACCAGUCUGAUAGUCCAUUGACAACAACAAACGUAAAGAGGAAACUUAAGCCUAACCUGGUGGAAAGGAACAAUGCUGCUAAGCGCGGAGCGAUGCGCCAGGGCGUGCAGCAAAAAAAACAAAAAGAGAUGACGUCACAAAGCGAGUCGUCAGACGGUGACAUCGACUACGUCUCCGAAGGUGGAGAGGGGCACUAUAGGUCGCCUAAAAAUAAAAAUAGGUUCGCAAGCCUAGCGCCGCCAGAGCAGCCUAAAGAAAUGGAGAUGGAGGUGCCUGAAGCCCCCAACGACAACGAAGCCGAUGAAGCGGAGCUGGCACAAGUGCUGCAGGCAAAAAAGCAGCAAAUAGAUGCCUACGAGGACCAGCUAAAAAAGCUGAAGGAGGAGAUGGAGCCCCUUCUCAGUGCACUAAGAAACAAAAUUGAAGCGCGCCGACAAAAAGAGGCAGCUGAGAAGGAGGACAAACAAGCACAACGGCUCCUACAACAACAACAGCAGCAACAGGCAAAGCAAAAAAAGCCUGAUACAAGGCAACAAAAACAACAACCACAGCAGCAACAACCAAAGCCCGCUACCAAAAUCACUGGAGCGGAGCAAAAAAUUAAGGCUUUACCAGCAGUGACAGGCUCAAUGAAGGAGGGCCCAUCUACCUCGAGUAAGGCCAAGCAGCAGCAACAACAAGAGCUACAAGCAAGGCAGCAGCAGCAGCAGAAACAUUGGGAGCAAAAAGAAAUGGAGAAGGAAAAAAGAGCAGGGGUAUCGAAAGAUACCUCUGCCAACAUAUCAGGCGAUGUUGUGAUGGUGCCAGCAGCGGUACCAAAAACAACCGCAACAACAUCAGGUCAGGCUUCUGACCAGUCAACUUCCAGAAUACAAAAAAGGAAAUUAAAAAAACAAAGCCCAAACAAGGUUAAAAGAACCAACUCGGCUAAGCGGCAGGCGAAUAAAAAAAAAAUGGAAGGGAGUGGUAAAGGGGACUUUACCACUGAAAGUGACUUCUCAGACUAUGCUGAGUCUGAGAAAACGGAAUACAUUUCCGAAGGUGGAGAGGGCCACUACAGGUCUCCGAAUAAUAGGUAUUCAAUCCUAUCGGAGCCAGAGCCAGUGCCGUCAACAAAGAAGGUGUUGGAGGGAGAGGGGGACCUCCAAGAAGAAACAGAACUGGUGGAGGCCCUGCAAGCCAAACAGGCUGCCAUCAGCCAGUUUGAGCAAAACCUCAAAAAGCUUAAGGAGGAAAUGGAGCCCCUCCUUAGACAGUUAAAGUUGAAGCAAGAGGCGCGCCGUCAAGAAGAGGCGCAACAACAACCACAAAACAAGCCCGCUUCCAAAAUCUCAGGAGCGGAGCAUUUUAAAAAGACACCGCCAGCAACAGCAGGCCCAAGUGUUGAGGGCCCAACAACCUCAACAAAAGCCAAACAACGGCUACAAGAAGAGUCAAAACAGCCGCAGCAACAACCAAUCCUGCAGCAGCAGCAACAGCAACAGUUCAGACAACUUAAGGGGCUUCAAUUGCAGUCAACAUCAUUCUUUGAACGUAAAUUUUGA